UCUCGAGACACGGCCAAGAUUACAGUCACAGACAGUUAGCUACACGUUGAGAUGUGAUGUACUGCUGAUACGUGCUUGUUUUUAGCUACGAUUGGAUGCCUUUAAUUUCACCUGGCAACCUUAAUUUCAUUAUUAAUGCAUGCAACAUCUUGAAAAUAAGUUAAUUUUAUACUAGGCCUACUAGAACUUAUUAAACACAGGCACACCACCCUAGUCACUAGCGAAACAACUUUGGUUACCGGUAUCUACAAAAAUACUCAGUAGGCCUAUAUACAUAAUACAGCAUACUGUCAAUAAAUUAAAUCAGGUUUUGUUUUUAUCAAAAUUGAUACGGACAUUCAUAAUUACGGUGUAUUAUUCCUGCGCAACUUAUAUCAGAUUACAGUGUCAAGGGAAGGUGAUAAUUUCACAGUAACUGUCAACAUAACAGAAUGGCUAAUCCAGCAUUAACGAUAUUAUCUGUCUCGGCAGUCCUGCUAGGAAUCUUUUUGAAUUUUUCUAUACACAAGAUAGAAGAAGGUCAUGUUGGUGUGUACUAUAGAGGAGGUGCCUUAUUAUCAUCAACAAGUGAACCUGGCUAUCAUUUUAUGUUUCCUGUAUUAACAACAUUUAGAUCAGUUCAGACCACAUUACAAACAGAUGAAGUAAAAAAUGUUCCAUGUGGAACAAGUGGUGGUGUGAUUAUAUAUUUUGAAAGAAUUGAAGUUGUUAAUAAGUUAGAACGUUCUAAAGUAUAUGAAACCGUUAAGAAUUAUACUGCAGACUAUGAUAAAACAUUAAUCUAUAAUAAAAUUCACCAUGAAUUAAAUCAGUUUUGUUCAGUACACAAUUUACAAGAGGUUUAUAUAGAUUUAUUUGAUCAAAUUGAUGAAAAUUUAAAGAAGGCCUUACAAAUAGAUUUAAAUGCAAUGGCUCCUGGUUUAAUGGUACAAGCUGUUCGAGUUACCAAGCCAAAGAUUCCAGAAUCUAUCAGAAAAAACUAUGAAGCCAUGGAAGGAGAAAAAACUAAAUUACUAAUAGCCAUUCAAAAACAGAAGUUAGUCGAGAAAGAAGCAGAAACGGAGAGGAAAAAGGCAGUUAUAGAGGCAGAAAAAGUAGCUUUGGUGGCUAAAAUUCAAUGGGAACAAAAGGUUAUGGAAAAAGAAUCAGAAAAGAAGAUGUCUGAAAUUGAAGAUUCUGCUAACACUGCUAGAGCAAAGGCUAAAGCUGAUGCUGAUUUCUAUAGAACAAAAAAAGAAAUAGAAUCAAAUAAGUUAAAACUCACAAAAGAAUAUUUAGAAUUUGUAAAGUAUGAGUCAAUAGCCCAAAAUACCAAAAUAUAUUUUGGUAAUAGUAUACCAGAGAUGUUUUUGGAUCCUUCAACAAUUGCAGCAGCAGCAGCAUCAAGACAUAUUUCAGAAACCUCUACCUCGGGAUCUAAGAAAUAAUGAUGUUAUUUUAAAGAGAGAUGAAGGCAGCAGUAGAGAUAAUUGAGUAUUUCUGUUUUAACUGUAUCGAUAUGAUAAACCUAGAAUAGAGUUUCGUCAAUAGAAAAAAAAGAAACUUUUGUUAUAAAUUGAUUUUUUGAAUUUUGAUAUGUUUAUAUAAAAAUAAUAAUGGAAGGUGGUAACAGCUUGCUCAUCACUGACCUAGGAAUUGAUUUAUUUGAUGCAUUGCUGGAAGACUAAAAUACAAUAGGUAUUAAGUUCCAAACGAGAAAUUAUCAAUUUCAUUGAAUUUUGUUGAUUUGUUUUGUUGUCUGCAUGUAGAAAAUUUGUAGAUAAGCUAGGUUUGAGAUAAAGCUGAUAUUGUGUUCCACCAUCCAGUUGAUCUUUAAAAACAAAAGUUAAAUCAUACUAAGCAUGCCCCAUCAUUAAUGAAAUAACACCCCAGUUAAACCCAAUUUAGUACUUCAUUUUGAACUAAGCCACAUUUUAUAAAAGUCAUGAAAAAGAGGUAGUAAUUAAGUCCAUAUAAAAAUAUGUUCAGCUAAUUAUGCAUCAAUAAAAAAGAACCGCAUGAAACAUAAAAAUACUUGUAACAUUUAUGGGAAAUAAGCAGAUUGCUCUCCCUCUAGUAUAUUGGGUGGAGCUAAAUCAUGCAAUAACUAGACAUGUUCGAUGUUAUUGCACACUUUUGCUGGUUUACACUAGUUUUAGUAGAAAUCAUAUAGAGAAGUGGGGUGGGUUUUCGGUGCAAUAACAACAAGCAUGUUGAGAAAGUGUCAAUGUUACAAGUCAUUUAUAGUACGCUUCCUUCGUUAACAGGUUUAAUGCUUCGGCCUACGGCCUCUAAUGAAACCUGUUAACUCAUGAAAGCCGUGCUAUAAGUAUAACAUAUUUUACCCCUUCACAGGAAUCCAAAAAUGAAUUCUAAAUUGUGCUGUAGGCUCAUUUAUUAAGUAUGUAACCCUGACAAUCACAAGUGAUACUAGAUAAUUAUACAUUCACAAAAACAAUGUAGUCACAUAAAUAUAGUCCUUUGAAAUGUGAUGUUUAAAAGAAGUCAUUUAACCCAGUAGUGGUCCUUUGACAAAAUAUAAACCUCCUUCCCAUAAGAUUUUUGGGAAGGAUUGUCUGAAAACCAGCAUAUUUAUUUAUGUAUGCACAAACUCUCUCUUUAGAGCAGUGCUUAACGUUUUUAAAACAAAUUUAUAUUCUGAUUUCGGGGAGCUUACAAAUGAUGGUGACUGAUUGCUGUAUGAUUGUUUUUAGUUAAAACUAAUUACAUUUUUGAAGAGUGAAAGCAAAUUGAUUUUACAGUGAUGUAGUAGUAUGAUAAAUGUAGGAGAUGUAAGAGUUACCUCUCUUUAGUCUGCUUUUAUUUUCGUCAUAAAUAACAUAAUAAUAGUUAUAGUAUUGUUUUUUGUCUGAUAUUUAAUUGUUAAAUGAUAAUGAUUGUUUAAUUGAUAUUGAAUGAUGAUUUUAUGUCUUUUGUACACAUUAUUUUUUGUAUGACAUUGGUUGAAAGGUGGUUUGGUAUAGCAGUAUAUGAAGAGUUACUUCCCCUUAAUGUGGUCUUACUAUUCAUUCUCCAAAUUAAUCAUCAUUCAUUGUUUUGUAUUGUUAUUCCUUGUAUAAAUUGUUGUGAGUAUUUAUAUAUAAUUAAUGUAAUUAAUGCUGUUAUUCAUUAUUAUUGUAUAUCAUGUAUAUUUAUAUAAUUAUCUGUAGUAGUUUUAUAUUACUCUUAUAUCAAUUAUUCAUAAAUUGUAUAUUGAUAGUGUCGGCAUAACCUUUAAUGACCACAGUUUAUGCAAUAAUUAUUUUUAAACAGUUUUUCUUGAAAUUAUGCUAUUUGAAGUCUUCUUUAAUUUUUCAGUUAGUCUAACUCAGUGCUCUGUACACCUUUGAUUACAACAUCAGUGUUUCGAAAUUGUUUAUUUAAUAAACAAUAUUUUGUAAUAAAUCUAUGAUAUCAAGUGUUUUCAGCAUUACAGUAUAAAUAUGAGUUCUAGACCAGAGGAUGAAAACAUCUGAAUCAUUCUGUAUCACAGACGUAUGCAUGUUGAUGAAUUUUGAUAGAUUAGGUGUAAACAUCUGAGUCAUAUUUAAACUUGUAUCUGUGGUACUUUUUUCUACUCUAUUUUCAAUGACAGUGUAGUAGUAUUUGUUAUUGAAGAUAAAAUAUGGACCAUCUUAAUUUUAUUACCACAUUCAUGUAACAUUCCCAUUUAAACAAAGGUUUUUGUACAGUUAUUCAAAUUACGUGUAGUUUUGUUUACAUGUAAAAUAUUUCUUGCAUUCUAACAAAUAAGCUGUUGGUGUAAAUGUUUGUUGCAUCGUAUUUUGUAUAAGAUAACACAUUGUAUAACUAAAUACUAAUAUUGAAUGUUAUAUAUGUUUACAUCUUGAUUAAAAGAAAUUGCUCAAAAUCAUUCAACUCUUUAAAUUAACAUAAACAAAUCUUUUAAGUCUCUUUAAUAUGCAUAUUCAUCAUGUAUUUUCUCUACAAUAAAACAUAUUUUAUAUACUUUUA